AUGGGCAGCGAGUCCUCCAAGCUUGCCAAGAAAACGGGCUUCACCAAGGAAGAGAUCAAGGACCUGGAGAAGAUGUUUUGUGAUGUGAUGACCCACAUGCAUGCUGGCUUGCGCUUCAAGCUCACAAGCGCCAGCCUCACCCUCCAGUUUCACAUAGAUGAAGAUACCACCUUUCUACUUGGCAGGCUGGUCACCACCCUCUAUCUGCUGUCAGAUGACAGCACACAGGAGGAGAAGAUCAAUUGUACACCCACAGAGUACCAGGAGGCCUCAGAGCUGCUUGUGCACAACAUUUCCAAUCUUUCUGUUGAUGAACCAACAGAGGUGGAAACUUUCAACAUCACCAAAGACCAGCAACUGGUCAAGCUGUCACCUCAAGACCUACAGGGACAGAUCACCCACAAGUUUCUGUUGGAAGCAGACACAGACAAAGAUGGCAAGAUCAGCACAGAGGAGUUCAACGCAUUCACACUCAAGCACCCCAUGACUCUGGUAGGACUGAUUCACAUGCACACCAUCCUGCUCAACCUCCUCCAGCACUGCAAGUGGAUUCAAAAUCAGGAAAAGCAGGGCACAAGUGACUACCCAGCCUGUCCAAGCACCUGA